UGAAUAAUGUGAGUGUACUUGUUUGUCUGGCUGCAAUCAUUAACACAGUUUUAUCCAGGAGUGGGAGAGAGGCAGCAGGAUAGAGUACAGUAAACAUAUCUGUGCUUCAUUUACUCCCAAUAGGCUCAGAGCUGUAUUAGGGUCAGAAUUCAUUCAGAACUGCUGUGAGUAAACAAAUGUGGCUAAACCAGAUUAUGGAGACUCCACCUCCAGCAGAGGAUCAACUCUGAACAGGAUCAUCAUUUUAUGGAGAGAGAGGAAUAAAUCUAAUUCAGACGAAACACAGCACCUGUGAUGUGAUUGGCUGAGAGACACUUCAUUCUGCUCCUCUCUAUAAGAAAUAGUUCCACAGUAAACCCUGAACUUCCUCCUAAAACUUCCUCCUGAACUAAAGCAGUCUAAACAUAUUUUAGUGGAAGUGAAACUCAGCAGCUCUGUUUAGUAAAGAGAGGAACAUAAAGAGAGAGACUCAGUCUGAACCUUGGCCUUUUUGUGAUGAGAGGAUUAAAAACAGGUAUUUAAAAGAAAUUACUGAAGUACCACAAUAAACUUCCUGAUUUAAUGACCAGAGACUUUUCAGUUAGAAGAUGGAAGCAUCCACUCCAGCUCACACUGGUCCUGCUCAGACCAACAUGACAGCUCAGACAGAAGGAACCGUCUGUGCUCCUGUUCUCCAUGGAAACAAUAUUCAAGGCUCAGUGAAUGUAACCAUUAUUCAGGGAGGUCAGGAAGUUUCCAGUUCCAGCACCAGUACAGUGCAGACUGGAGGUUCUUCUGGUGCUCCUGCUCUCACUGAAGGUUGGAUCAUUAUAUACAAAAAAAAACUGGAAAAAAAAUUUCACCGAAUUUAUGAAGGAAUCUCCCAGCAUGGAACAUCAACCUUUCUGAAUGAGAUCUACACAGAGCUCUACAUCACAGAGGGAGGGAGUGGAGAGGUAAAUAAUGAACAUGAGGUCAGACAGAUUGAGACAACAUCCAGGAGACCAGCAACACAGGAGAAACCCAUCAAACACAAUGACCUCUUUAAAGACAGACCCAUCAGAACUGUGCUGACUAAAGGAGUUGCUGGAAUUGGAAAAACAGUCUCUGUGCAGAAGUUCAUUCUGGACUGGACUGAAGGAAAAGCAAAUCAGGACAUCCUUUUCAUAUUUCCACUUCCUUUUAGGGAGAUUAAUUUGAUAAGGAAAGAGUGCAGUCUGAUGGAGCUCCUUCAUCACUUUUUCCCAAAUUUGAAAGGACUAAGAUCAAUAGACUGUGAUGCUUAUAAAUUCAUGUUCAUCUUUGAUGGUCUGGAUGAGUGUCGACUUGCUCUAGAUUUCCAGAACAAUGAGAGCUUGUGGGAUGUAACAGAUUCAGCCUCAGUGGAUGUGCUACUGACAAACCUCAUCAAGGGGAAUCUGCUUUCCUCUGCUCUCCUCUGGAUAACCUCUCGACCAGCAGCAGCCAAUCAGAUCCCUCCUGAGUGUGUUGACCUGGUAACAGAGAUACGAGGGUUCAGUGACCCUCAGAAAGAGGAGUACUUCAGGAAGAGAAUCAGUGACCAGAGCCUGGCCAAUAAAAUCAUCUCACACAUGAAGACCUCAAGAAGCCUCUACAUCAUGUGCCACAUCCCAGUCUUCUGCUGGAUUGCAACCACUGUUCUAGAGAGGGUUUUGGGUGAAGCAGAGAGUAAAGAGAUCCCCAAGACUCUGACUCAAAUGUUCACCCACUUCCUGAUCUUUCAGAUCAAACACAAGGACCAAAAGUACCAUGGGAAAUGUGACACUGAUCCUCAGCAGGCUAGAGAGAGUAUUCUGGCACUGGGAAAACUGGCUUUCCAACAGCUGGAAAAAAGCGAUCUGAUCUUCUAUGAGGAAGACCUGAGAGAGUGUGGCAUUAAUGUCAGAGAAGUGUCAGUGUACUCAGGAGUUUGUACCCAGAUCUUCAGAGAGGAGUUUGGGCUGCACCUGGGGAAGGUGUUUAGCUUUGUGCACCUGAGUGUUCAGGAGUUUCUGGCUGCUUUAUAUGCAUUUCUCUCUUUCAUCAGCAGAAAUGAAACAAAACAGCUGACCACUGAUCUCCUUGAUAUUUUCAGAGAGUCCAAACUGUCAGACUUCCUCAAGUCUGCAGUGGACAAGGCCUUACAGAGUAAGAAUGGACAACUGGACCUUUUUGUCCGCUUCCUUCUGGGCCUCUCACUGGAGUCCAAUCAGACUCUCUUACAAGGCCUACUGACACAGACAGGAUGCAGCUCUCACAGUAAAGAGGAAACAGUCCAGUACAUCAAGGAGAAGAUCAGUGAGAAUCCCUCUCCAGAGAAAUCCAUCAAUCUGUUCCACUGUCUGAAUGAACUGAAUGAUCAUUCUCUUCUGCAGGAAGUACAAACAUACGUGAGGAGAGAAGAUUACUUUUGCCUCAGUGGAGUCAGUCUGUCUCCUGCCCAGUGGUCAGCUCUGGUGUUUGUGUUGCUGAACUCAGAAGAGGAGCUAGAUAUGUUUGACCUGAAUGAAUAUGACCAAUCAGAUGAAUGUGUUCUGAAUCUGCUGCCAGUGAUCAAGGCUUCCAGAAGAGCUGA